GGAUGUCACGCUUCGCCCACAUCCAACGAUGCUCUCCCAUCCUCUCGCCUAGACAUAAGGUUCUUACAGCCUGCCUUUCCGCAUACGCUACCUUCCACGCAGCACUCGCCAACUUGGAACCCAAUCGCUCACACAAAACACCUCCUCCUUUAGCUCUCUUUCCUUUGCUUUCCUUGAAGAUGAAGGCAGCCAACAGCCUCGUCGCUCUAGCAGGCGUGGUCUCCAUCGCAGCUUGCGCUCAAGCGUUCGUCAUUCCAUCCCGCCAGUCCCACUCCUUGCAGAACAGGGACGACAGCCGCGACCAGAACGACGAUUCCAAUCACUCGCACACCAAUCAUCAAUCUGGCAGCAGCAGCAGCAGCAGCAGCAGCAGCUCGAGUGCUACGUCAAGUUCAAGCUCCCAAAGCUCCAUUUGGACCUUAUACGACUCUCACCGCGGCGAAAACUUUUUCGACGGAUUCGAAUUUUGGUCCCUUCCAGACCCGACCCAUGGCCAAGUCUCCUUUCAAACUCAAUCCGACGCGGAGAAGUUGGGAUUGAUCAGCGCUUCCAACCGCACCGCAGCGCGCAUGAAGGUCUCUUCGGAAGAUCUGUCCCUUGGUGAAGAUCGACCAAGCGUCAGGUUUCAAGGCAACAGGACGUACGACGAAGGAUUGAUCGUGUUCGACGUUGUCAAGAUGCCCGUUGGUUGCGGGACUUGGCCUGCGCUGUGGACCGUCGGCGACGAUUGGCCUUUGAACAGCGAGAUAGACGUGCUAGAAUCCGUUGGCGACGACGAUUCCAAUCAAAUGACGGUGCACACCAAGCCUGGAUGCACCAUCGCACCUUCGACGACCGUAGCUGGAACAGGCAACACGCGAUUAGCCACUGAUUAUUCGGGCAGGAUAUUGGCCGGCGCUGCCGACUGCGAUGCGUUCGCCAAUGGCAACGCGGGUUGCGCAAUCAAGGACACCAACGAGCGGGGACCCAGCUUCGGAAGCAAGUUCAACGAAAAUGGAGGCGGCGUCUUUGCCAUGAGCUUCACGCCGGAAGAUGGCGUAUCCAUCUGGUUCUGGGGCCGCAACUCGACCGAACUUCCCAAAGAGUUCAGGGGCCCAAAUUCCACGGAGCCUUACACCGAUGCGACAGCUUCUGUCGACGCGUCUAUCCCUGCCAGCAUCGAGACCGACGAGCCGAUCGUCUCGACGAGCGCUGCAUCCUCAUCCGCUGCUUCUUCCUCCCCGGAAGAACAAGGCUCCGCGUACGGAGUCAAUGGCAAUCCUUUUAGCGGCAGCCACUCUAUCCGGGACAGAGACGUCGAGAUCGGCCUCGAACUCUCCUCAGCUUCCCAAUCUUCUCCCUACGCUUCCGAUAUUUCCCUGCCAUCCUCAGCCGCUCGUCUUCGGGAUGUGUCGAGCCAAACGUUGGAUCCAUCCACUUGGGGCAUCCCGACUGCCAGAUUCGCCAAUUCCAACGCCUGCGACUUUGGCAAGAUGAUCGGUCCGCAACGCAUCGUCAUGGACAUCACGCUCUUUGGCAAAUGGGCGGGAAAUGUGCCCAUGCAAGAGAGCUGCGGCACGGACCAGAGCAAAGCUCUUGCCAGCGGCGAAAAUUACAAAGACGCCGAGUUCGUCAUCAACUCCAUCGACAUCUAUCAACGCAACAAGGCGACCGCUGAUCUCUCCUCCAGAGGUUUGCGGAGCAGAUGAGCGGAGCCGCUCACGAAGCAUUUAGAGAUUUCGCGCUACUCUCCCACUCUCGCCUCCCCAUGACAAUAUUUCCCGCUUUCACACGUCACCUCCAUUCGCAUUGCAUCUCUCUCGUCCAGACUCUCAAUGUCA